AUGGACGUGGACGACGCGGAGAGUGAUGUGCUGAGGCAGCUGGAAGAGACGAGGGAGUGGUCGGAUGAGGUUUUGACUGAGAUCUCGAGAAUUGGCGAGGGCGCGAGCGGGACGGUCCAUGCUGUGCGUGAUACGAGGACGGGCAUCGUGCUGGCGCGGAAGACCGUUACGACGAGAGAGGCACCUAUGAAGCAGCUUCUCAGGGAACUUAACAUCGCCACGACUGCGCGACACCCCAAUAUCGUCAAGUCGUAUGGAGCUUAUAUCAGCCCGAGCAGUAGCGAAGUGAAGGUGGUGAUGGAGUUCUGUGAAGGACGAAGUUUGGAGGCUGUCGGGAAGCGGAUCAGGCAAGGAGGUGCGAGGGUCGGGGAAAAGGUCAUUGGGCGAUUCGCGGACGGGAUCCUCGAAGGCCUCGCGUACCUCCACUCCCAGAAGAUCAUUCAUAGAGAUAUCAAGCCUUCGAAUAUACUCAUCUCUCGCCGAGGAAUCGUCAAGCUAUGUGACUUUGGCGUAUCAGGAGAGCUGGUCAAUUCUGAAGCCAUGACGUUCACCGGGUCGAGCCUCUACAUGGCGCCCGAACGUAUUCACGGCCAGAAGUAUAAUAUCCGGUCAGAUGUCUGGUCAACGGGGCUAUCGUUGCUUGAGUUUGCCAUGAACCGCUUCCCGAUCCCUGUGAACGACCAAGCGCCCAUCGAGCUGAUGGUGUCCAUCACGCGCAAUGAGCCUCCUCAACUCGAAGACGAGCCAGGUCUCACUUGGAGCGAUGCCAUGAAAGACUUCAUUCGCUUAUCCCUCACUGUAUCUCCAAUGGACCGCCCGUCUCCGGAAGAACUGCUUUCCCAUCCGUGGAUCACGCAAGUUAGGCAACGCGAGGUCAACAUGGCAGCGUGGAUCAGCCAAGUGUGGGGCUGGUAA